AUGGUGGAUUGUCAAAUUCACGACCGGCAGUCACCUAUCACAAGGACGGAGUGUGGGGUUGGGCCGUAUGUGAUGGUGCUCGAAAGUGGACUCGGGAUGAUUGUGAUGGCAAGAUUUCAAGACUGCAAAAGGAGAGAAGGAAGAGAAGAGACGGUGUUAUUCGUUUGGGUGCUCACAAUUGAUAAGACGUCAACUGAUAAACAAAGACAAUUGUUCAAUCGGAGCAGGUGCGGUGAGGGUGGUCGUGGAAUUCCAGAUCGUUUGUGGCAUACUCUUCACGUUACGAUCAACUCGUCUCACUCCCCAAGCUUCUCAGGGAUAUCUAUGUCGUGA